UUCUAUACUUGAAUUUUGUUUGCCAGAAACUUCUUUAGCUUUGACUUACAUUUUGCACCGUAGCAUUGCACCCAUGUGAAAAUCUAGUUGUUCUUGUAAACUUUUCAAUAAAUGGUUUCAACACCAUUUUAACUGUUGUGAAGCUAAGCCACUUGAAAUUCUUGGUGACAGAAAACAGCUAGCAAAUUUCUGAUAACGCUGCAACCUGUUUGAACUUCUUUUAUCUCAGGUGUUUGCACAAAUGAACUACAUUUAUGAUUGCAUCUAUAAGGAAAAGUAAACAAACCUAGAAUCUGAUUUGGAAUCUUGGAAAUAUUCUCAACAAAACAAACCUGAACAACAAUGUCAGUACUCUCUGCAUUAUCACGCCGGCUGCAGACUCUGACCACAGAUGCCAAGCCAGAUCCACCGAGAGUUAUUAUCGAAGACCCAGAACCCACGUCUCAUUCACCUCCGGAAAAGAUUAAACAGAAAUCUGCCCCAGUAACCCCGGAACCUAAUCGAUUAGGUACAGUCAUUCCUGUUGUUCGAAGACAAAGCUCUUCAUCGAGCCCGUCAGGUACAAAAUCAGAAUUUACCUAUGCAGGAAAUUUCGGUUACACCAGUUCUUCCAAACCAGAAGCACGACCUAAAAGUCCUCGAGCUAAGGCUAAGCCGAAAUAUAAAACAUCACCAAAUCCAAAUAUUGUCAAUUAUAACAUAGUUAAUUCGAAUGGAGUCAAAAUUGGUUCAAAAACAAGCUAUAUUUGCAACAUAAACCAGUACUCCGGAAGUGUUAACAGUGAUAGAGAUGGAUUUUCUCACAAACAAAAGGCCAAGUCAAUGCCACCACCUGUUGAGGCACUGAGUUCCAGUAAAGAAAUAAUUAGCAUUGAUGACAUGUUUCUAAUAAAAACUCACAUUGGGUACGGAUGGCGGGACUUAGCGAGGAGUUUAGGGUAUUCAGAAGGACAAAUUGAACAAUUUGAAGAAAAUCACAAGAUCAAAGGCGUGGAUCAGGUAGUUUAUCAAAUACUUCUCGAUUGGAAACAAACUCAAACAAAAGAUGCACAAUUGGGAGAAAUCAUCUCUAAAAUUUGGUUGUGCCAAGAGUACGAUUGUGCCGAACGAUUAGCAGCUUCUCAUAAAACUUCGAAAUAAUAGACUGAGUUUCUGCUGACUAAAAAUACUUAAUUGGUAUUCGUGAUGUAUGCAGUUAUGGCUGCCACACUGGAUACGCAGGUGUGAUAUCUUGGAGUAGCGGUGUUGCCGAUAUGGUUUUCAUCAGAUGUAAGUGUUAAGGCUUUUAUAGGAUUUUAUAUUAAUCAUACGAAAAUAAUAGAACGUAAAAAUGUGUAAGAUAAGAUAUUACGUUUCGUAAUCAUUAGGCAUUAAUAUCAAUGCUAUUAGUUGUAAUGAUUUUGAUUAUUUGUUGCAAGAUGAAAAAGAAAAUCAAAAUAUAAGUCAUGAAUGAUGGACUUCAAUUAUAGCGAUAGAUCUUAAUUCAUUCACACUAACGGUGCAAUACUCAAAUUUUAAAUUCAAAUGAAGACUAAUUCUCAAUGAGGGUGUUUAGAUGUCAUGCAUUGAAAGUAUUUUACGUUCUAUAAAAUCAUGGCGCGAAAAAUAAAGCCUUGUGUUUCUGUGUUAUAAUUAUAAAUAUAUGAACUCUUUAUUGCUGUGUUAAUUUUUACAAUUGUAUAUAACACAUAGGUAUGCAUAAUAAAAUAUUCAAUUGAUUAUUAUCUA